AUGGCUGGAUGUGACGCGACAAAAACUACCAUAGCCUCGACCACCACCACAAGGGCACAACCAACAAAAUCUAAAGCAACUCGUAGAUUUGUUGGUGUGAGACAAAGGCCUUCAGGCAGAUGGGUUGCUGAAAUUAAGGACUCGUCUCAGCGUGUAAGAUUGUGGCUUGGAACUUAUGACACCCCUGAAGAAGCUGCAUGCGCUUAUGAUGAAGCAGCUCGUGCCUUGCGUGGAGAAAAUGCACGGACAAACUUUGCUGCAGUGAAUACAAAUCAAGUCAUUUCAUCUGAUUCAAAUGGGAAUGGAACGAUAUCUGAAUCUGAUACCAGGCAUGGACUAAGUUUUUCUUCCUUGAAAGCUAAGUUAAGCAAGAAUUUGCAGAGUAUCAUAGCCAGGAACUCAGAGAAUAAGGCAACCAAGAGUAGAGUAAGCGACCACUUUACUUUUGCUAGUAUCUUUCACUUCCGAGGCUAUAAUCAAUACAAUCAAAAUCCUGCCGAUAUAAAGAAAAUAGAGAAGGCGGUGCAACCAAGCGUUAUUGUGCCUCGUGUUUCUGAUGAUCCCUUAUCGUGGGAGAGUUCGAGCAUCUCAGAUUACAGCAACGAAUGGACUAGUUUCCGGUACCAUGGAAUGGAUUCAGAUGGAUCAGAUAUGAAUGAAGUUUAUAAUUUUGGUGAACAAGGGUUCGGGGAUCAAAAUAUGGGGUGGAUUAGUAGUCCAGAUGUGAUGAGUACUAAUGGAAGCGAGGAGUCACGAAGCAAGAGGUUUAAGGUUUCUUCCUCGGUAGUCGUUCCUCCAACAUUUGGUGAAUCUCCAAUCCAUGGUGAUUGGUGA